AACCAAUAACUAUACGGUGGGUUCAGUGGGUGGAACAUUUGGGGAUCCGUUAUCCGUCAUCUGUCAAUUGAAUUUUGAGAUCUUAAUUGCAUUAUUUACGGUCAAUUAAGCGUUAUACUGUAGAUACCAUUCGUAGAAAUCAUACGCAAUGGCAGAUCCUAAGUAUGCUGAUCUCCCUGGAAUUGCCUACGACCAGCCUGAUGUCUACGAGACAAACGACCUUCCCGAAUCCGAUCAGUUCCAAAAUUACUCUGAGGAAGAGAAUGAUUCCAUCGAACGACUUCACAUCAGCGCCACUGAAGCUUUUAAUAAGUUUAAGGGAAAACACCUGAUAAAUAAAGGAGUCGACUUCUCUGAUCAAUUGUCUCGCAAACCAAGGACUGGAUAUAAUGCUAUAUCUGGAGUUUGGGAAUUGCCUGGUGAAGGUGAAACUGAAACUCCGAUCCAAAAAUAUCAACGGCUACAAUGCGAAAUAAAAGAACUGUAUGACGAAAUAAACCAGAUCAAGGAGUCAGCAAAAAACGAUGGCGAUGUAAAAUCUGCAGUGGAGUUAGCAUCUCAAGUGGAACAGACUGGAAAGCAGUUGGACAAUUUAAAAUUAGAGCAGUGCCUUGGUUCUGACCUUGUAACUUCUUUGUCUGACCCUCAUGGCACGCAGCUACAGAAACUGAUAUCACAGGUUGAGUUGUUUAAAGUUAGCGGUACUGGAAAACCGGAGAACUCAACCAGCAGUAAUAAAGCUGAAAAAGAAGGCGAUGUUCAACCUGGAGUACUUCAGUACCAAAUGUUGUAUCAACCAGAAAGAGCAAGAUUACAAGAAGCGUCCAGAGUCGCUCAUCUGGAACAAAGACUAGGACGUUUAGAGAACGUUAUUGGUACUGGAAAUGAAAAACUCAGUAGACUCAGUCAGUCAAUCAAGACUCAAGGUUUAGUUGAAGCUGUGCAACAACUGGGAGCGAAAGCUGCUCUUCUAGAUGCCACCCAGUUAGAUGGUAUCGAGAGCAGAUUGGCAACUCUGGUCCACAGAAUGGACAAUAUUGCACAGCAAAAAGCUGGUGCACCUAUAUCUUCUGAUCAAGAACAAAAGAUAUCAGAAAUCUAUGAAGUGAUUAAGAAGACGGAAACCAUGUCUCAAAUUUUACCACAAACAGUGAAUCGAAUGCUAGCUCUCAGCACUGUGCAUCAACAAGCGGCUGAAUUUAGCAGAUCUUUGGCGCUUUUGGAAGAAUUACAAGGCCAAAUAUCAUCAGGACUUGAAAGUAACAAGGCAAUGCUAAGAGGGGUGCAGGAAAGUUUUGCAUCUAAUUUGGAAGCAAUUAAGAACAACAUAACUGCAAUUGAUGAACGUGUAAAAAAACUAAAUAAGUAAUUAUCUUAAUAACGAUAAGUUUAGAUACUGCAAGCUGUCUUAUGAUUUUCUCUAGUGUACUUGAAUAUGCUAAUUAUAAUAACUAAUAAUAACUGCACAAACAUAAUAUGAGUAUUACUUACCAAUUGUAACAUACGCAUUAUUUUUUGUUGUAUUAUCAAGCUUUUCUAUCAUC